GAUCCCAAGAAGAAGAAGAAGCAAAGGCAAGAUUGCCCGGAGAGAAAGGCUGCAGAGGAUCCCAAGAAGAAGAAGAAGAAGCAAAGGCAAAAUAGCCCGGAGAGAAAGGCUGCAGAGGAUCCCAAGAAGAAGAAGAAGCAAAGGCAAAGUAGCCCAGAGAGAAAGGCUGCAGAGGAUCCCAAGAAGAAGCAGCAAAGGCAAAAGAAAACGGAGAGAAAGGCUGCAGAGGAUCCCAAGAAGAAGAAGCAAAGGCAAAGUAGCCCGGAGAGAAAGGCUGCAGAGGAUCCCAAGAAGAAGAAGAAGAAGCAAAGGCAAAGUAACACGGAGAGAAAGGCUGCAGAGGAUCCCAAGAAGAAGAAGCAAAGGCAAAGUAGGCCGGAGAGAAAGGCUGCAGAGGAUCCCAAGAAGAAGAAGAAGCAAAGCCAAAGUAGCCCGGAGAGAAAGGCUGCAGAGGAUCCCGAGAAGAAGAUGAAGGAAAAGAAGAAGAAGCAAAGGCAAAGUAGCCCGGAGAGAAAGGCUGCAGAGGAUCCCAAGAAGAAGAAGAAGCCAAGGCAAAGUAGCCCGGAGAGAAAGGCUGCAGAGGAUCCCAAGAAGAAGAAGAAGAAGCAAAGGCAAAGUAGCCCGGAGAGAAAGGUUGCAGAGGAUCCCAAGAAGAAGAAGCAAAGGCAAAAGAGCCCGGAGAGAAAGGCUACAGAGGAUCCCAAGAAGAAGAAGAAGCAAAGGCAAAAGAGCCCGGCUGCAGAAGAUCCCAAGAAGAAGAAGAAGCAAAGCCAAAGUAACCCGGAGAGAAAGGCUGCAGAGGAUCCCAAGAAGAAGAAGAAGAAGAAGCAAAGGCAAAAGAGCCCGGAGAGAAAGUCUGCAGAGGAUCCCAAGAAGAAGAAGAAGCAGCAAAGGCAAAGUAGCCCGGAGAGAAAGGCUGCAGAGGCUUCCAAGAAGAAGAAGCAAAGGCAAAGUAGUCCGGAGAGAAAGACUGCAGAGGAUCCCAAGAAGAAGAAGAAGCAAAUGCAAAAGAGACCGGAGAGAAAGGCUGCAGAGGAUCCCAAGAAGAAGAAGAAGCAAAGGCAAAGUAGCCCGAAGAGAAAGGCUGCAGAGGAUCCCAAGGAGAAGAAGAAGCAAAGGCAAAGUAGCCCGGAGAGAAAGGCUGCAGAGGAUCCCAAGAAGAAGAAGAAGCAAAGGCAAAAUAGCCCGGAGAGAAAGGCUGCAGAGGAUCCCAAGAAGAAGAAGCCAAGGCGAAGUAGCCCGGAAAGAAAGGCUGCAGAGGAUCCCAAGAAGAAGAAGAAGCAAAGAUACAAUAGCCCGGAGAGAAAGGCUGCAGAGGAUCCCAAGAAGAAGAAGAAGCAAAGGCAAAGUGGCCCAGAGAGAAAGGCUGCAGAGGAUCCCAAGAAGAAGAAGCAAAGGCAAAGUGGCCCAGAGAGAAAGGCUGCAGAGGAUCCCAAGAAGAAGAAGCAAAGACAAAGUAGCCCGGAGAGAAAGGCUGCAGAGGCAAAGCAGCCCGAGAGAAAGACUGCAGAGGAUCCCAAGAAGAAGAAGAAGCAAAGGCAAAAGAGCCCGGAGAGAAAGGCUGCAGAGGAUCCCAAGAAGAAGAAGAAGAAGAAGCAGCAAAGGCAAAGUAGUCCGGAGAGAAAGGCUGCAGAGGCUUCCAAGAAGAAGAAGCAAAGGCAAAGUAGCCCGGAGAGAAAGGCUGCAGAGGCUGCAGACGAUCCCAAGAAGAAGAAGAAGCAAAGGCAAAGUAGCCCGGAGAGAAAGGCUGCAGAGGAUCCCAAGAAGAAGAAGCAAAGGCAAAAUAGCCCGGAGAGAAAGGCUGCAGAGGAUCCCAAGAAGAAGAAAAAGAAGAAGCAAAGGCAAAAAAGCCCGGAGAGAAAGGCUACAGAGGAUCCCAAGAAGAAGAAGCAAAGGCAAAGUAGCCCGGAGAGAAAGGCUGCAGAGGAUCCGCAGAAGAAGAAGAAGCAAAG